UGCAAUUUUCAGCCAUAAGGAAUUUUGCAUCUGGCAUGGAAGCUUUGCUAUUGUCUAAUGAUUUCAGUGUUUACGAUUUGUGGGAUUAAUUGCUGUCAGCUUUAUUUUUGUUGUAUGAAUAAUUUUAUUGACUUUUGAAAUUGAAUGAAAUAUUUUCACCUUGCUGUACUUUUUGAAACGGCACAUGAAAUUUUUUAUUUAAAUGAGCGUUUCCUACAUUUUUUGCAAGCCUUUAUCUAAUUCUAUUUAUACUUCAAGCCGUUUUUUCACUAUGACAGGUUCGCUGUUAAAAACACUAUAGAUUCUUUGAGAAAUUGGUACUUCUUGAACAAAUAAUAAAAUUUUUGUUUGAGCUGCAUUUAAAUUUAGGUAUACAUAUUGGUACUUUUCCUGUAAGUGGCCACUACCUGAGAAAGGCAUCAAGAUGUUUUGCCAAAUGAAUUUGUUUGGUAACCUUUGUUUAUAUACUGUUUGCUAAGUGAUGAACUGUAUGUGAAAGUCUACCAUCAUGCCAAAACACAAGCUUGAAGAAAGUUCGUCCAAUGAAACUAGUGGGGCAUAUUCCGAGGAUUGCUGCCUAGACAGUUUGCCGAGUAGUAGUGAUGUGGAUAGAGAUGACACUAGCAACAGUAGCAGUAAAUCUGAACUUAGUUCUGAAGUUCCUAUUACAAGCAUAAAUCAUACAGCUGAGGAAACAUCUGACAUUGAGGAACCACCCAAGAAACGAACAAAAAAGAAAAAUGUUUGUUUUACAAAUGUGACGGUGUACUACUUUCCAAGAACUCAAGGAUUUACGUGUGUUCCAAGUCAAGGAGGAUCUACUCUCGGUAUGGAUCAGAAACAUAGCCAAAUGAAAAUGUUUUCACUCCUUGAGCAUGCUGAGGAACAAAAGAGGGUUCAUCGUGAGCUAAUCAAUCAUCAAAGGAGAUUAGCCAAAUAUCAGUCUUCUACAUCUGAUUCAGAUGAUAGUGAAGAUAUCAGUGAUGUUUCAGAGUCAGAACUUGAAGCUGACAGCUGUUACUUUUUGCAGCCAGUUCCUAUACGACAGAGAAGAGCUCUUCUUCGUGCAUCAGGUGUUCAGAAGAUUGAUUCUUUGGAAAAAGAAGAAUGUCGGGAUAUAAGGUCAUCUCGGGAAUUUUGUGGAUGUGAAUGCAAAAUUUAUUGUGAUCCUGACACAUGUACAUGUAGUCAAGCUGGCAUUAAAUGUCAAGUGGAUCGCUUUUCUUUUCCAUGUGGAUGCAGCCGGGAUGGAUGUGGAAAUACCGCUGGACGGAUUGAAUUCAACCCACUAAGGGUGCGCACUCAUUUCAUUCAUACUCUUAUGAGGCUUGAACUAGAAAAGAAACACGAACAGCAGUUGAUAUGUAAGUCAGAAGCAAGUAACUUUUCUGUUUCUUCUUUGUCAACUUGUGACACAUGCAGCUCACUUUCCUCUGCUUCUGCUGCAUUUACUUCAUGUGUUCCAUCCCCAUCAUAUUUAUCAAUGACAUCUACCUCUUCCAUAGAAAGUAAUAGUUGCAUUGUUAACAGUCCAUUAAAAGAGCAAGUAUCAGCAUUUAUGGCCAUUAGUGAAUCUGAAAAGAAAGCUUCAAACGAAAUAUAUGCUUCUCCUUUCAGUCCACAAGAAAGUUCAUAUUCAGAAAAUUCAGACUAUUCAAGUGAUGAUUUAGAUUCAGAUAUGGAUCCUUCUUCAAAUAAUUCAUCUCUUCAAAGACCUCUUCAGCCAUCUUUGACAGACAGUGUUACACAAACCCAUGACUCCACUCCAAAGUUUUUAAACCAUUUUAAUAAAUCUUGUGCUCAUAAUAGUGAUCUAGGAAUGAGGUGUUAUUAUUCUGCGGACAAUGCAUUUUCAUCAAUUGUGCAGGAAGAUAGUCAUUUUUGUAAUGGCAGCUCUGAAAAUCAGUUUUCUAAUGGGAAUUCAAUCAGUUCAUUAGAAAGGAAUAGUUUUAGAGAUUCACUACCUAGGCAGCAAGAUUUUGAGCAGCAGCAUGUGCAUUCAUCUAUGAAGGAACGUUCACAUGAGUAUAUCCGUCAGCCUACAUCACAGAAACCAGCAGACACUGCAGUGGAGGAAGAGCAGUGUUACACUGACUUGAGUUCUGUCAUUCCCGGGACCAAAAUGGAACUAUUUAAUGGGCUCCUGAAUUCUAAAGUUCAGGAUGUUACUGCCAUAAAACCUGUUAACUUAGAAUCUGAAAAAGUUUAUAGCACUUUAGAUACCUGUCCACUUUCAUUAGGGAGGGAAUCUCAAAAAUGCUGCAUUUCUCAGCGUAUAGAAAAUGACAGGAAUGAUGAACCAGGUGAAAAUCUUGGAGAAAUUAUUAAAAAAACAAUUGUUGAAACAGUUUCUGCAUGAUGGUAAAUUACAUUAGUUUUUCGACUGUGUAUAAGAAAUUUUAAUUGUUUAUUGUUUGCUUAAAACUCUUUGAUAGUUAUUUAAGGAGCAUACAACUUCAAAAUUAUUAUUAAUGAUUUUUUUUUUAAUAUCUUUAUUCUAAGUAGAAAAAAAAGAAAAAAGUUCAGAAACUAUUUUAACUUUUGUAUUAAAAAUCUAUAAGAAAGUAGAUAUGGAACUAAAUAAAUUAGUUAAAGUAAGUACACUAUAAUU